GUUGCUGAUCACGGAAACCUACAACACACACACACACACACACGCUGCCGAAUUAACUGUCGACGGGAAGUCGUUGUCACUGGAGGUGGAAAAUACGCUUCGUCUGUUGUUUGCAGUCAGCUGAACUCGUGGCUCUCUAUAUUCUCCUACAUCUUUACUCGCACGUUGCUCUAGCGUUUUUCGGGGACAUGUCUACUCGACCCAUCACCGGCAUGCGGCCGCCCACAACCGGGGCUGCCUUUUCAGGCACCGGCUCCUCACUGACGGGCUCGCUGCGGCCCACCACGACGAUGGGAGGCGGUACCACCCUGGGCCGCAUUCAGACACAGGUACAGGAGGGCACCUUCACCUCCACCGUCUACGGCUACAUCCGCGACCACCAGUACGAGGAAGCGGUGGAGCUGCUCUCUACGCAGCUGGAGGAGUUCCCGCGCAGCCGCGCCGCGCUCUCGCUGAUGGCGUACUGCUACUACAUGAUGGGCAGCUACGCGGAGGCGGCGGACCUGUACGAGCAACUCACCAAGUGCUGCCCCAACAUUGAGGAGUACCGCGUCUACUACGCGCAGUCCCUCUACAAAGCGGGUGCGUAUGUGGAGAGCAACCGCCUGUGUACCAUGAUAAUGUCGGAACAGAACCAGGCUAUGGUUACCAAGCUGCAGGCGGCCAUCGCUUACGAGCAAGAGGACCUCCCGCAAACAAAGUCGUUUCUCGAGCAGGCACCAACGAGCGACGCGGACACGCUGGUGCUGCGCGCCUGCGUGCUGAGCAAGGAGGGCAGCUACGAGGAGGCGUUGGAUAAGUUUAAGCAGGCGCAGAACACAACGGGCUUCUCUGCACCGCUGACGUACAACAUGGCACUCAUGUAUUACCGAAUGGAGCAAUACGGCCCCGCACUGAAGCACCUCAGCGAGAUUAUCGAUCGCGGUGUGGAGGACCACCCCGAGCUGGGUAUCGGCAUCAACACCGAAGGAGGCGAGGCUCGGUCGGUGGGCAACACGCAGCUGCUGAAGGACACCGCCUUAAUUGAGGCGUUUAACUUAAAGGCAGCGAUCGAGUACGAGACAAAGAAUUUGGCCGCCGCGAAGGAGGCGCUGACGGACAUGCCGCCCCGCUCCGACGAGGAGCUCGACCCUGUCACGCUGCACAACACCGCCCUCAUCAACAUGAACGAGGACCCCACGAGUGGGUUCAAGAAGUUCAACUUUCUCCUGCAAAACCCACCCUUCCCGCCCGAGACGUUCCAGAACCUGCUGCUCUUCUACUGCAAGUAUCAGUACUACGACUUGGCGGCCGAUGUGCUGGCCGAGAAUCCGCACCUCGCGUGGGAGUACCUCUCGCAGAACAACCAGUCCCUUUACGACUUCUUGGAUGGCCUUAUUACGGCCCAAACGUCGCCGGCCGAGGCCUACCGCAAGUUCGACAUUCUCGCACAGAAGAUGGUGCAGCAACUGCGCAAUAUGACGCGUAAAAUACAGGAGGCCGACCAGGGCCAGGACGCGGCGGCCGCCAAGGCUGCUGUGAAGACAUACGACAUCACGUUAGAGGAGUACAUCCCCGUGCUGAUGGCCCAGGCAAACAUCUACUGGGAAAUGGAGAACUAUCCAAUGGUGGAGCGGCUCUUCCGGCAGUCCGCUGACUUCUGUUCGGAAAAUGAGGUGUGGAAACUGAACGUGGCGCACGUCUUCUUUAUGCAGGAGACGAAGUUCAAGGAGGCUAUUCGCUACUACCAGCCCGUGGUGGACGGCAACAAAGAAAACAUCUUGAACUGCAGUGCGAUUGUGCUGGCGAAUCUGUGCGUGUCCUACAUCAUGACGGCGCAGAACGAGAACGCGGAGGAGAUUAUGCGACGCAUCGAGCACGCGGAGCAGCCUCUCCAGCACGAGGAGGCCGGCAAGCAGCCGCUACACCUCUGCAUCGUGAACCUGGUUAUCGGCACCCUCUACUGCUCGAAGGGCAACUUCGAGUUCGGCAUCUCGCGCAUCAUCAAGUCGCUCGACCCCUACGACCGCAAGAUCAUGACCGACACGUGGUUCUACGCGAAGCGGUGCUUCGUUGCCCUGGCGAUGCACCUGGCCAAACACAUGGUCGCCCUCAAGGACUCCUCCUUUGAGGAGAUUCUGGUCUUCUUCGACCAGGCGGACCUCUACGGCGAGAAGAUCCCCGCCUUUGUGCACCCCGAUCCGUCGAAGCAAGACACCUCCGCCCGUAACACCGUCCGCUGGGAGGCCCGUCAGCUGAAGAAGCUCUACCUGACGUUGCGGGAGUAG